CCGGUCGUCGUCAAAGCCAAAACAAAAGCACGUGUGUACCAUCAGGGGAGACUUGGAUUUGCGAGCAAAAUGGGCAAAAAUAACAGGCAUCAGAAGUUUCUCAAGUCAGAAAAGGCCAAGGUGAAACUGAAGGCGAAGAAAACGCUGACCAAAGGGCAAAAUGUCACCGACACCAGUUUCAAAAUCAAGAAAAUCGUCAUCCAAAGUCAACUGGCCGAGCAGGCCGAUGCUGAACCCGUCACCAAAAAGAAGCUCAGCCUCAAAGACUUGCUUAGUAGAUGUGGUCACCACAACACAAGUAUGCGGGUGGAAGCUUUGAAUGGUCUGCUCGAACUGGCCUCUUCACAUGGAGAGACUCUGGUGCAGAAUUUGUGCUCGUUCGUCAGCAAAUGUGCCCAGUUGUGCAUUGACAAGGAGUCGGCGGUUAGGAAAGAGUCCCUGAAGCUUCUAAACUUUAUCCUGACUGCAGUCAGUGCGGAAAAAUUAGAGCCUUUCCUCUCGGAACUUGUUUCAUACCUGACUGUAGGACUAUCACAUUUGUAUAGAGAAAUUCAAGAGGACUCCCUAUUGAUGUUGGACGCUAUUCUCGCCGCAGCUCCUUUGCUAGUGGCCCGAGCGGCUCCGAAACUUCUUCCGGCCUUUCUGGACCAAAUUUCAAUUAGGAAAAAUUCAGUCGCACCUGAGCGAACCCUCUCAAUGAAUCUGCAAAGCUCAAAUACAAGCACUCGGUGGAGGAUCAAGGUACUGGGUCGUCUCCACGCUCUGUUGAUGGCAUCGUCAGAACUAAGUCCUCGCAAAGAGCAGGAAAAUCACCCUCGAGGUCUUUAUCUGGUCAACCCAACGGAAUACAACAUUCCCAUUGCACCUUAUGGUUGGGAGAAACCAUGCAUCAUCCCGAGCAUUUUUAGCACAGGGACGGGCAUUCUUGUCGAGCAAGACUUAUUUUCCAAUGCGGAUAAGAUGAAAGGUUAUGUCAACGUUCUGAUGCCUUUACUUUUCGAGACGUGGGUUGAAGUUGGCCCCUCGCAAAGGCAGCAGAAGGAAGCAGGAAAUUUGAUUUCUGACGAGGCUUCUGAAUUACUGGAGUGCAUUUUAGAAAUCAUGCAAUUGAUUUUUCAAUAUUUAGAAAAUGCAAGUUCAGAUGAAUCAUUGGUCAAGUGGUUCAGAAGCAGCUUCCGAGACAAUUUCAUCAGGCACAUUUUCGCCCACUUUCCAUACAUACAGAGAGAAGGGUCCAGUAGUAAAUCAAACAAAUCUAAAGGCCAAGCACCAUUUGAAGAGGAAAGGGUGAAGAGAUGCAGUGGCCAAAAUUUGGCAGUCUGUUUGAUGGCCUGCAUCUUCUGUGACAAACCAACCAAGGAUCAAGCUCAAAUUAUAUUGGAUUACAUCAAAAGUGUCCUUGACAGUAACCAGAACAUUUCCGAGAGACUUGUCGAGGUCUUAGAAGUAAUUUUAAUUGAACGGCGUUCGUAUUGGGACUUUAUUGGAUUGAGGUUGGAGCCCUUAGCAAACUCUGUAGUCACCACUUGCAUCAAGCAAAAGCCAGACCUGUCAUCGUCACCUUUGUUUGGUCUUCUAUGCGAUUUGAGUAUAAACUCCAUGUUGUCCGAGCAGAACAAUGGAGGAUUUGAUCCAAUAUACGAAAGGUUUGUUCAAAUGCUUCCCAUUGCAUUGACCAAAGAAGAUGUUCCUGCAAAAGCUAUGAAAACAAUCACCACCCUCACUUCAGCCCUUCACACGGGAAUUCUCAUUAGUCUUCGCACACAUUUGACUCCAAUUAUAAAAAACCUCUCUCAAAUAUGCGGAGUCGGGAUGAGCCAGCAAGAGACAAGGAUGAAAGUUUUGUACUUUUUAUUUACUGCCAGUGUGUGGAGAGCUGAUAUUUUGGAUGCCGUUGGCAGACAGCUUGUGAACAGCCCCGAAAACAAGGAUCUUUUGUUGUACUACUUGGAGCUCCUCGACUAUUGGAAAAGCAAUCACGAAGACAGUGCAGUGGCUUUGAAGUUGAAAUCAAUGCCUUGGUUGACCAAUGCAGCUCUUGAGGCAACAUCAUAGUUUUCACCUUGAUUUUAUAUAUAAACAAUACAUUUUAAAUAAAUUUUCUUUAAAAUGUGAA